UUUUAUCGACAGUGUGUCAUACUAUUCAAUCUUCUUGGCUUAAGAAUUCAAUGCUUUUUUACUACGAAUGUUUAUGUUUAUUCAUUGAUUUGACGAGAGCGUAGUAGUUUACAUGUGAUUUUUUAAAAAUUAUUAAUAAUCUUGAUUUAUAGUAAUGUUCAAUAUAUUUGUAAAUUAUUGUUCCUUUCGAAAAAGUCAACUAACCUCAUUAAUAAAAGUAACAAGUACAAAUUUACAAAUUCGUUAUAAAUCCACAAAUGUAAAAAUGGUUUUAAAUAGUGGUGAAGCAUUAGUAUAUCAUCUAAAUGGUGCGGAAACAUUUGAUUUUAUGUUUCGCUUUGAAUAUCCUAGUGUGAAUGUGAAUCGUCAAUUCAAUUUUUCAAGGCAUAUAAAUGAAAAAGUUGAUACAUUUUUGAAAAGAAUCAGUACCAAUGUUAGUAAAGUUAUAAUUAGAAAGAAAAAGAAAUUUGCUGAAGAAGUCGAUGAAAUUAUAAAAAAAGAUAUUUAUUUAUAUAAAAACAAUAUUCAAAUCAAUGGUGAUACUUUGUGUGAAACAAUUUUAAAAGAUGUAAAUGAUCUAAAAUUAGUAAUAUUUGAUGUUACAUUUAUGAUAAAGAAAAAUAUGCCGAUUGUCAAUUGUAUAACGUUACCAUCAUCUUUACUAUGUGGCUUUCCAAUAUAUCCUACCAAAUUUGAAUCGUUAUAUACUGAUAAAAAAUUAUCUAAUUUUAAUUGGUACAAAAGUGAUAUAAAUAAUCCUAAACAAGUUUGGUUACACGUUGGUGAUGAGUAUUUGUAUACACCAAAUGUAUCCGAUAUUGGUUUUAGAUUAAAAUUAAGUUGUAUUCCACAAAAUGAGACACAUAGUGGACCUUCCGUUGAAGUGGAAUCUAAGAAUAUUAUAGAAGCAGGUCCAGGACAUUGUCCAUUUGAUACUCGUCAUAUGUUCACAAAAUCUAAAUUAACAGGCAACAGUUUUAGAGUUACAUCAUAUAAUAUAUUGGCUAAUGUAUAUGCCAGUACCACUUAUAGUAAAGAAAAUUUAUUUCCAUAUUGUCCAGAAUAUGCUUUAGACAUAGAUUAUCGAAAACAACUUAUACUUAAAGAAUUACUAGGAUUUAACUCAGAUAUAAUUUGCCUCCAAGAAGUAGAUAAUAAGAUUUAUGAUAAUGAUUUUAUGCCAACUUUAUCUUUACUACAGUAUAAAAGUAUAUUCAAUACAAAGAAUGAAUCAUCAGAGGGUCUUGCAAUAUUUUUUAACGAAGAAAGAUUUGAAGAACUAUGUUAUGAUUCUACUGUUAUAGGGCAUAAUAUUGAAUUACCUAAAUUCGCACUUAUUUGGUCAAAAAUAAAGAAUGAAAAAGCAAAAAAACGUUUCUCACAGAAAAAUACAACUGUACAGGUACUUGCAUUGCGAGCAAGAGAAAGACCAUCAGAUAUUUUAGUUAUUGCUAAUACACAUUUAUAUUUUCAUCCUGAUGCAGAUCAUAUACGUUUGUUACAAGCAUAUUAUAUUUUACUGUAUAUAGAAAAUUUUACAGAAAAAAUAAAGCAAGAGCACCCUCAAAGCAAUGUUAGCAUUUUGUUAUGUGGUGACUUUAACAGUGUACCUGAAUGUGGUAUUUAUCAAUUAAUGACUGAAAACUAUAUACCUGAAAAUUAUAAGGAUUGGAGUAGUAAUUUGGAAGAAACUGUGAAGGAUAUAUCUUUAACUUAUAAUAUUCCUUUUGCAAGUGCAUGUGGAACACCGAUAUAUACAAAUUACACACCAGAAUUUUCAGGCUGUUUAGAUUAUAUAUUUUAUCAAAAAAAUAAAUUUGAAGUAGAGCAAGUAAUUCCAAUGCCUAGCAAUGAAGAACUUACUAUACAUAUUGGUUUACCUUCUAUAGUACUUCCAAGUGAUCAUAUAUCACUAUGUGCUGAUUUAAAAUGGAUUACAUAAUAAAUGAUAAAAUGAAUGAUUUAUAUAAUAAAUAUGAUUUUAUUUGUAUAUAAAUAAAAAUAAAAUUAAAAAGAAAAAAAAAAAAAAAAAAAAAAAACUUUUUCAAACAUUAGUUCAUCUUAAAUCAAUAAAAUGAAAGAACUGCACCGUAUAUAGAAUGAAUGUAUAUUUUUGUGAUGUGCGUAAAAAAUGCCAGAUUAUAAGACAGAAACAUAGAAAUGUUCUACCACUAUAAUAUAUGUAUAUAUAUACAUAUACAUAUAGAUAUGUAGAACAUA